CCUACCAACGAAAACGUGAUCGUAUUUUGAACAAAGUUUUAUAGCUUUCGUUUCAUUUCUGUACAUUUUAUUUCUUGUAUAGUUUAAUGUUAAAGAUUGCUAUGAGCGCAGAAAAGUAAAAAAUUGAUGUUCACAUUUUUUUACUCUCUUAGCGGCUAUUUGUAGCACUUCCGGGCUUCAUCACGAGGAGAAGACUCUCAUAGAUUGCACCAUCGGCAGCGGUAUGGCGAUCGAUCCCUACCUCGUGGCCGCCACCGCGCUCUGCCUCCUCGUCCACCUCCUCCUCCACCGCUUCCUCCGCAAGUCGCCUUCCCGCUUCCCCUACCCGCCGGGCCCCCGGGGGCUCCCCAUCCUCGGCUCGCUUCUCCUCGUCGGGGCCAGCGCGCACUCCAGCCUCGCCCGCCUCGCCGAGCGCUACGGCCCCAUCAUGUUCCUCCGGCUGGGCUCUCAUGGCUGCGUCGUGGCCUCCAACGCCGACGCUGCACGCGCCUUCCUCAAGACCGUCGACGCCCAGUUCGCCAACCGCCCCGACCCCAUCAGCGCCCGCGACGUCAGCUACCAGCGCCAGAACCUGGUGAUGGCCGACUACACCCCGACGUGGAAGCUCCUCCGCAAGAUGUGCAGCCUGCACCUCCUCGGCGGCAAGGCCUUCGCCGACUGGGCCCCCGUCCGCCGGGAUGAGUUCCGGCGCAUGGCCCGCUCCCUGCACGGCCUGGCCGAGGCCGGCGAGCCGGUGGAGCUGAUGGACGUGCUGGUGUGCACGCUGGCCAACGUCGUCGGGUUGAUCUUGGUGAGCAGGCGGGUGUUCGACGCCCACGGGGAGGAGUCCAACAAGUUCAAGGACAUAUUGGUGGACAUGCUGACCGGCGGCGCGCAGUUCAACAUCGGCGACUUCUUCCCGUCGAUCGCGUGGAUGGACCUGCAGGGGAUACAGAAGAAGAUGUUGAGCGUGCACUUGAGGUUCGACGCCAUGGUGACGAAGCUGUUCGAGGAGCACGAGGCGGCCAAGGGGGAGCGGCAGGGGAGGAUGGACUUCAUCGACAAGGUCAUGGCGAACAAGGUGACGGAGGACGGGGAGACCAUCUCGGAAGUCAACGUUAAAGCACUCAUCUUCGAUCUUGAGUGGGUGAUUGACACAGGUGCUUCUUAUCAUGCUACACCACGGAGGGAGUUUUUUGCUACAUACAGGUCUGGAAACUUUGGUGUUGUCAAGAUGGGCAACUAUGGCACAGCAGACAUCAUUGGCAUGGGUGAUAUCCAUUUAAAGACCAACCUUGGCUGCAAGUUGGUACUUAAGGAUGUGAGACAUGUGGUUGACUUGAGGCUGAAUUUAAUUUCAGUUGGAAGACUAGAUGAUGAAGACUAUGAAAGCAGAUUUCACAGAGGGCAAUGGAAACUCAGUAAGGGUUCUCUUGUUAUAGCUAAUGGAAAGAAAUGUCAUACUUUGUACAGGUUGCAGGCUAAAGCUUAUGGUGAGCAGUUAAAUGCUACAGAGAAAGACUUCAGUAUGGAGUUGGGGCAUAGGCGAUUAGGACACAUGAGCGAGAAGGGGCUGCAAACUCUUUCCAAGAGAGAGGUAUUACCAGAUCUCAGAGGACCUGUUCACGGCCGGCACCGAUACCUCCGCCAUCAUCGUCGAGUGGGCCAUGGCGGAAAUGCUCAAGAACCCGGCGAUCCUCAGCCGCGCGCAGGCGGAGUUGGACGAUGUGGUCGGCCGCGACCGCCUGCUGGAGGAAACCGACCUGCCGAAGCUCGCAUACCUGCAGGCGGUAUGCAAGGAGGCGAUGCGGCUGCACCCGUCCACCCCUCUCAGCCUCCCCCACUUCUCCCACGAGGACUGCGAGGUGAACGGCUACUACAUCCCCAAGAACACCCGGCUCCUCGUCAACAUCUGGGCCAUCGGGCGGGACCCGGAGGUGUGGGAGGAGCCGCUGGUGUUCGACCCCGACCGCUUCAUCACAGGCAAGGGCGCGAGGUACGAUCCGCAGGGGAACGACUUCGAGUUCAUCCCCUUCGGGGCCGGGAGAAGGGUGUGCGCGGGGAAGCUGGUGGGCAUGGUGUUCGUCCAGUACCUGUUGGGCAUGCUAGUGCACGCUUUCGACUGGAGCCUUCCCGACGGCGAGGAGCUCAACAUGGACGAGAAGUUUGGCCUGGCUCUUCCCAAGGCUGUGCCUCUCAAAGUUUUUCUGCGCCCGCGCCUGUCGCCGGCGGCCUACGCCUGAUCUCCCUCCCUCUCUAUCUAUCUAUCUAUCUAUCUCUCGCUCUCUCAGCUCAGAAAUUGAAAGGUAGCUAGCUGUACAAGAACGUAGCUUCUCUACCUGUGAUACGAUUGCCGGCAAAACUAUUGUCGAUAUGUGUAGCUACAUCAAAAGACUGAGACUGGGAUGGCUUGAAGAACCAUAGAAUAUGAAUGAAUACACCUGCAUCGUUACACGACAGAA